AUGUCCGCUCCGAAUGAAAGUGAUGUGAGAGCGGUGAUACGAGAUACAUGGUUACGAUUGUCACAGAAAGGGCCGUCAGUGGUACAGCACCGCUUUCCCAUAGGAGGAAAAGGUCUGAGUGAAUCAAUGCGACAACAACUUGAAGAGGAGCAGAAGACUUACGGAGAUGUUGCGAUAAUAGAGAAUUUGGAGGAGACGUAUUCGAAUCUGGCUCUCAAGACGUUGAGAACAAUGGAGUACGCUUACCAAAACUUCCGUUUCCAGUAUAUCCUGAAAGUGGACUCGGACUCCUUCGUACGUUUAGGAGCUUUUAUCAAAUCACUGAAGGAUAUUCAGCAUCCUCGUUUAUAUUGGGGAUUCCUCGACGGCAGAGCAAAACCAUUUCGAAAAGGCAAAUGGCGUGAAGCCGACUGGAUGCUGUGCGAUCGAUACCUGCCAUAUCAACUCAAUCAUCGUGUUUUGUGUGAGAAAGAAUAUCGCACACGUUAUUCGUAUGUUUAUGACUGGACAGCACUACCGAGUCAAUGCUGUCAGCGAUUAAACGGAACGAAUAUACCG